CUUGCGCAUGCGCCCCAGCUCCCGGAGGUAAGCGGCCGUGUGCGGGUGGUCCUGGUGAAUGUGCAAGGCCGCGGUGGCUGCGUGACAAGCCUGUGCUACCAGUGCGCCCGCUGGCCAGGAAAACGGCGCCUGUGAUAGAUCCUUUCGUAACACCAGGUACUGUACCAGGAUCUGCGGCUCUGCGCCAGCGACCGCCAUCUUCCCGCACAACUGAAAGGCCAGGCUUAUCCCCCGAUGCAUGCCGGGAUCAGGGAGGGGCCUUGAGCGCUGCCAUGUUUUUAUACGGUGGGAGUGCAAAGCACGCUGGGACCGGUUGGCUUGGAUUUGAAGGCAAGCGGGAACUCUCGGCCCUGCCCUGAGUGAGCCAGAGGAGAGGAGGACAGCCCUAUUACUGGUGCUUGGACAGCUUUCUAGCAAGUCUCUUGGAAAUCUGAGGAGGAGAUGGAGCUGGCGAAUACUCUAAGUCAAGACGGCGAGUCCAAAGGAGGUGUUUUAGCUCACUUGGAAAGACUAGAGACUCAAGUGAGCAGAUGCCGUAAAAAACUGGAAGAGCCACAGAGUGCACAGGCAGUGGAAAGUGCUCUUGGAACCAGGAUUCAUGAAUUGAGACGUCUGCGAGAUAAGCUGAGGGCUGAAGUGAAACAACAUCAAGCUAGAGUUAAAGCAUCUACUACCAAUGUAGAACCCGACCAAACAUUAGAGAUUACUGAGCAAGAAAUUUUGAAGAGAAAACGGGAAAACGUGAAAGCCAUUCUGCAGGCAUAUCGUUUUACAGGGAUCAGUGGGAAACUGACCAGCCGAGGAGUCUGUGUCUGCAUCAGCACUGCUUUUGAGGGGAAUCUGCUGGAUUCCUAUUUUGUGGACCUUGUCAUGCAGAAACCACCUCAGAUACAUCACCAUUCGAUUCCAGUCUUCAUUCCCCUAGAGGAGAUAUCUGCAAAAUACUUACAGACUAAUAUUCAGCACUUCCUGUUCACUCUCUGCGAGUACCUGAAUGCUUACUCUGGGAGGAAGUACCAGGCAGAUCGACUUCAGAGUGACUUUGCAGCCUUUCUGGCUGGGCCCUUGCAGAGAAACUCACUGUGCAACUUGCUGUCAUUUACUUACAAAGCAGAGCCGGAAGGCCAGUCCUUCCCAUUUUGUGCUAGACUGCUGUAUAAGGACCUCACGACAACUCUUCCAACUGAUGUCACUGUUACUUAUCAAGGGACAGAUGCAUUAUCCACCACACGGGAAGAACAGCGAGCAGCCCAUGAAAAUCUGUUUUUUACAAAGCCCCUACAUCAAGUGUUUACUUCAUUUGCAAGAAAAGGAGACAAGUUGGAUAUGAGCCUGGUCUCCUAGAAUAUUAUUUUCAUUGGGAACACAUCAGAAGUAAAAGGAAAUAUUGCACUUUCUGCUCUCAUGACUAAGGUGACUGGGGUUCCAGAAGAACCUUUCAAGAUUAUCAGGACGAGGCCCAUUUCACGUAACUCGGACCACAGAGGCAAGCAGGUCUUCAGAGUGAAAAGCGCUGCUUCCAAGUUCUAGCUGGGGAGCAGAGCAGCUGCCAGCCCUCAUGGUAAACAGAGCUGUGCCACCUGUGCUCCCCGCCGGGCACGAAGGCAGCAGCCUUGUUCCUCCUCUGGUACAUCCUGCUCACAGCGGCCAUGGCCUCUCUGGGGGAAGGAGGGCUGGUCGGAACUAGGGCUCUGGAAGGAUUAUUCCAGUACUACGCCUAGGAGCCCUACUCUCUGGGGAAGCUACAGGCACACCAAGGAAGAGUAUGGCCGCCCUCAGAGCUCACACAUCCAUAAACAAAUGAAGGCUUGAGAUUUUUAAA